GAGAAAACCAACUACUUUUCCUCUCCAUUAUCGUCAAGAAUUGAUUCAGUCACAAAUCUAGAGGUUCAUCUUUCUCUCUGUCGCUCUCUUUCUCCUUUAUCUGAGAAAUCAAGGCCCUUUCGUUUCUUUUCAUUGCAGAAGGGAUGAUUCAUGGCCUUUUCUCACAGGAAAUUUCUGAAUGAAUCACUAAAAGAUCCUGAUAUUGAGCGACUAUGCGCACCUUAUUGCUAUGGAACAAUAAACCUGGAUGGUGCUUGUCCAGUUCCAUGUUUGAGUAGCUGUUUUCUGGUUUGCAACCACCCAAUAUUGCCUUUUAUCCCCCCGCCGCCGCCUGAACCAUCCCAACCCUUCCACGCCGAUUUUAAGCCACCCCCAGAUAAAUCUCACAAACUCUCUCUUUCGCUUACCAUCUCUCUUGCUGUGUUAGCCACAAUCUUCUUUUUCUUUGCUUGUUACACCAUCUAUAAGUUGUAUUCUAAUUGGCGGAAUUCGCGGGCGGAGCGGCGGCAGCCACCGGAAGAGGAGGAGGAGGAGGAGGGCCAAGAUCGUUAUUUUGACGAAGAUCAGUUGGCCGUUAUCAAUCCAAUUUGGUACAUCAGGACAGUUGGACUUCAACCAUCGGUUAUAAGUGCAAUUUCAAUAGUCAAGUAUAAAAGAGGCGAUGGACUUAUUGAGGGAACAGAUUGUUCUGUUUGUUUGAAUGAGUUUCAAGAAGAUGAAACUCUUAGAUUGUUGCCUAAAUGCAACCAUGCUUUUCAUAUACCUUGUAUUGAUACUUGGCUUAGAUCACACACCAAUUGCCCCAUGUGUAGGGCUGGUAUUGUGAUCAACACAUCAAGCUUGCCAUCACAGGAGCAAAUUGUGCAUAAUUCAGGCUCUGUGGAGGAAACUCGAGUCGAUAUUUCGGAGAACGAUGAAGAACUUGGACGAGAAAGAGAAGAAGAUUUCGAGUUGACAGUCGAGAUUGAGGAUGAAGACGAAUCGAAGAGACAUGAAAAUAGUCAAGAUUUGGAUUUUGAGAUUCAACCUAUGAGAAGAUCAGUUUCAGUGGAUAGUUUGUCAGCUUCAAUGAUCAGUGCUGCUAUAGCAGAUGCUUUCUCAUCACAGCCUAAUCGAAAGUCAGAAAAUCAAUCCAAUACGAGUAUUGUUCCAAAGAAAUCUGGCAAUAUUCAGAGCCUAUCAAGAUUAGACGCAAGUUCUUCAGUUCAAAGGGCUAUACAAACAGGGCCUUCUAUGAUAGAGAGAUCACUUUCUUGCAGUGCAAAGGUACUGCUAUCAAGGUACAAAAACAUGAGCCGGAACUCGAACUCAAAUAUUUCCAGCAAAAGCCAGUUUUGAGUUUGCUUCAUUGAUUGUUCACCAAACAGGGGCCCAUCUCAACGGGUCAAUUCAGAGGCAUAACACCUACUUAAUCGGCUUCUACACGCCAAACCAAGUGAACUACCCUACCUGAAAAAUGAAGGGUUCAACAAUGGAUAGAAGUAUCUGUCUACAUAAUUAUUGAAAACUAAUAUAAGUAAUUGAUAUAAUGUCUGUAUUAAUAUAUUUCAAGCAAAUAAGCUGGGAUUUCUGAUAAUAAAUAUUCAUUACAUGGAUUUCGAGUUC